CUCUUGCUCCCGGCAGAGUUAAGGCCAGGAGGCUGCUUCUCUUGCUCCGGGACGGAGGCGCGCUGCUGCGGAGAAACCUUCACAGGAGAACAGCUCAGGGUAAGAACAGGAAAAGUGCCAAGAAGAUGAGUCUCAAGGUUGAUUUGGAAACGAACUUUGCCGAGUGUGUUUUAAAUGUAGGAAAAGUCACCCUCGGGGAUAAACAAAGGGCACAAAUGGACCCUGGCCUGCAGAGCAGACAGGCUACAAUCAUCUUUCGUGCAGUAUGCGCUCUGCUGAAUUCUGGCGGAGGAGUGGUCAAGAUUGAGAUUGAGAACGAAGACUACAGUUAUAAAAGGGAUGGGGUAGGAUUGAAAUGGAAACCAAUUUUCAGAGGCUAUUUAGAUGAGAUGCAACAGGAUGACCAAGACCUCUUUUAUAUUUUUGUGAAAUCGUGGAAUGCAGAGGCCUCUGGUGUACGGUUUGCUACUUUGUCUUCCAAUUUGUACCAAAGAGAUAAAACAUCUACUAAUGUCCUGACGUCUCAGGAAGCACUGAAAUUCCUCAAAGAGAAGAUUCAGUCUCUUAAGAACAUUCAUGAUCCCAGUUUAAGUACACGGAAUUUCCAGGAAGGUGUACAAAACGAAGGUAACAUAAUGGCCUCAGCUGAGGCUUUAUUUGAUAGAACUAGCCUUCAGUACCUGGAAAAGCUCAAAUUUACCAGGUCCACGCAUGUUGAAUUUAAAAUGUUCUCAGAGAAGGUAUUAGAGUGCUUCAACAAGGCUAUCCCCAGUUGUGUGUCUGCGUUUGCAAACACUGAAGGAGGGUACAUAUUUUGGGGGGUGCAUGAAGAGACCCUUGAAGUCAUUGGAUGUGAGAAAGAGAAAAUGGCUGAUCUUACCACUUUGAAGGACUAUAUUGGUGGCUGUAUUAGGAAGUUACCUGUCUAUCGUUUCUGUACCCAGAAGUGUGAGAUAAAAUAUGCCCUCAAAUUCCUUGAAGUAUACAAUCAGGGGGCCCUCCAUGGAUAUGUCUGUGCAGUCAAGGUGGAACCGUUCUGCUGUGUGGUGUUUGCCAAAAAGCCUUGUGCCUGGACGGUGAAGGACAACUGCGUGAGACAGCUGGACACAAAGGAAUGGGUAACCUGGAUGACAGAAGCCGACCCAGAUCCUUCCAGAUGUCCUGAGAUGGUCCUUGAGCAGAGCUUGUCAUCCACCACACCCCACAGCAGGAGUGUGUACACUCAUAGGAAUUUGGAAUGUCUGAAAGAACAGCAGAAACGUUACUUUCCAGUAUCACCAGACGUGCUAUAUAGACCACAAAGCCUCUUCAAGGAACUGUUCUCGCAACAUAAAGGACUCAGAAAAUUAAUAAAUAAGCAAAUGCGCUCUGUCUCCCAAGGAAUGUUGAUAUUUUCUCGAAGCUGGGCUGUGGAUGUCGGUCUGCAAGAGAAGCAGGGAGUCGUCUGUGACGCUCUCCUACUUUCCCCGAACAAAAUCCCCGUCCUCUACACCAUCUUCAGGGAGCACAGUGACGGCUGGAAGGACUAUUGUUUGAAUGUUGCCCGUACCUUAAAGCAGAAGCUGGUGAACACAGGCGGCUACACUGGAAAACUGUGCAUCAUUCCCUCGGCCUUCCUGCUGAAUCCUGACACAACAGCAGAUUCCCUUAGUGAUUCGACAUUGCCGUGUUACCCUGAGUCCUAUAAACUGAAAACAACACAGGACAUGGAGGCUCUGUUGCAGUCCCUUGUGAUAGUUUUGUGUGGGUUCACAUCUUUUUUAAGUGAAGAGCUGGGCUCUGAGGUUUUGAACCUACUAACAGAUAAACAAUAUGAGCUGCUUUCAGUGAACCUUCGCGAGACCAGAAAGCUGUUUGUGCAUGGCUUACCUGGAUCAGGGAAGACCAUCCUGGCUCUUAAGAUCAUGGAAAAGAUCAGGAAUGUGUUUCACUGUCAACCAGGUCACAUUCUUUACAUCUGUGAGAACAAGCCCCUGCAAGAAUUCGUGAGCCGCAAAAACAUCUGCGUCGCAGUGACCCGAAAAGCCUUCAUGGGUAACAACUCAGACUUUGAAACGAUUCAACACAUAAUCAUUGAUGAAGCUCAGAAUUUCCGCGAUGAAGGUGGCAAUUGGUACAAGAAGGCAGAAACCAUCACUCAGAGAGAAAACGAUACCCCUGGAAUUCUCUGGACCUUUCUGGACUACUUUCAAACUAGCCACACGGAUGUCAGUGGCCUCCCCGAUAUCAAAAAACAGUAUCCAAGAAAAGAGCUCACCAGAGUGGUGCGCAAUGCAGAGCCAAUAGCUAACUACCUACAAGAAAUACUGCACAAGGUCAGAAAUUAUCCACCACCUAACAUCCCUCCUGAGUUCCUGGAAAUACUCCGUGAAGUCAAAUGGUCUCAGGGUGUUGCAGGCAAGUUUGAGAUGACAAAGAAAUCGAAUAUGGAGGAGAUGGUGAGUUUUAUAGCAGAGAAAUGCCAUUUCCUCUUGAGGAAUGGCUAUUCCUGCAAGGAUAUUGCUGUGAUUUGCAGCAAUGCAAGUGAGGUACAAAGAUAUAAACCUAAGCUUCAAGGAGCAAUGAGGAAAAGAAGUUUUGAGCUCAAUGAGAAAUCUGAUCAGUUCAUACGGAUCAGAGAUGCAUCAGAUAUCACGGGCAAUCACAUCGUGGUGGACAGUGUUCGUCGAUUUUCAGGCCUGGAAAGAAAUAUUGUGUUUGGGAUCAAUCCAGAGGCAGCUGAGACAGCUGUUUACCAUAAUCUUCUGCUCUGUUUGGCUUCUAGGGCAAGGAAACAUCUGUAUAUUCUGAAGGUUUCCAACUGACAGGAAGAUCCUACUCUAAGAAACAAUUAAGUAGCCCUCAUCUCUGGUUAACUGUGAAACAAUCUGAUUUAAACAUUUAAUCAUCAAAUAUUUCAUGAACACUCACUGUGAGCCAUAUACUCUUCCAGGUACUGGGAAUUGGGGAUAAGUUAGCAAGCCAGACAGAUAAGAUUUCUUUUUUUGGGCAAAGGCAAAUCACAGAGUAAACCAAUCAAUACAAGCACAAGACAUUUCAGAUUGUAAUAAGGGACACCAGAGUAGUAAUUAGAGGGACAUGAGAUGCAGAAAUUAUGUGUG